UAUUUCUCACUAUGCGUGGACCUUUGGAGGUGUGAAUUGGUCCACGUUCCCCUAAAGAAAUAUUCUUUAAAAUAUUUUUGGGAUUUUGUGCAUAACAUCCUUACUUUCUUAUAGUAAUUUAAAUAAUUUAUUCCUAACUAAAUUAUUUGCACAUAAAUGUGUUUUGUAAAUUAAACCUAAAAAUUUGUCUGUACAAAAGCUACUAACUACAUAUUCUCUCACCUUUUCACCGCAUAUAUUCAAAGACUUUAGGGUAAAGUGCAGAAAGGAAAUAAAUGAGAUACCACAGAAUGUUAUGCGAAAGGUAUGAGAGGAAUUAUCUUGCUGUGAAAAGUUCAACCAUAUAUACAUGAAUGAUGUUAAGUAGUUUCAUUAGGAAUUUUCAGGAAUUGUGUAUAUUGCAUACGUUGUAGUGCUAUAUAUAAAAUUUUGCAAAUAUAUAUGUGAGAAAUAUAUGUGUGGCAAGAAAAAACACACAAAGGGGAAAAUUUAUGUUGAAUUUAUACAGGACCAAAAAAAGAAGAAAAAAAGUCUGUGUAAGAUGGUGAAGGAAUAACAAGGAGUAUAGGGGAGACCGGGGUAAAAUAAGUCAAUUUACAUAAAUCCUUAUCUGCAGGAUUCCCCAAAGGCUAGAGAAUUUCCUCGAUAAGUCAUUCUUAUAGGAAAUUUCCUGGCCUACAACUUCGUCUCAGACCAUUUUUCUCUAUCUCCACGGGAAAUAUGAGUUUUCGAGCUUUUCCUGAACCCUUCCGCUUCUGACUUUUUUUAAACGCGGCGGGUUGACCCGAUCUACCCCAAGGGGUAUGUUUUGAUUCAAAAAAUUGUAGAGAAAAAUCAUUAAAAGUUAUUGAAGAAUACACCUUGGCAACGUUUUCUGCACUAAUCCACCUAGUGAGAAAAAUUAUCAGAUUGGAAAAUUGCUGAAGGAAAAGCUCGGAAAACGCGUUUUUCUCAAUACGCAAAAGUUUGGGAAAUGGGCCAAAAAUCUAUUUUCAUUUUUAACUCCCAAAGUACUGAUCGGAUAACCUCCAAAUUACUGUCAAAAAUCGUAGGUGUAUAGGGCUUUCCACCCUAAUUUUUUCCGAUUUAUAACUUGGGAGAAAUUUGCAUUUGAAAAUUCGAAAAUGACUUUUUUUACCCCGGUCUCCCCUAAGUAAAAAAAAAAUUGUAGAGGAGUCAUUAAUUGACGAAAAAUUCAAAUUUUUCUGUUUCCACUCAUACUUUCUCCCCCCCUCCCCAAUUCUCUUUGGCUAAAUAGCAUUUUUUGAGCAAUUAAUUACCGGGCGUGUAGCGUGCUGAAUAUUUCUCUCUCAUCUCUUCUACUUUCCACCACGACGCAAGGAGAUGGGGGUUGUGGGGAAAAAAUGAGGGGGUGGAAGUAAAAGUGGACGCUCAAUGCUCGAUUUCGUUUUGCUUGAGUGAUUGAUGAUGGGGAAGGUGUUGUUGAAUGUGAAAAAUUGCGUCUAAUUAAAUUGUUUUUAACACUCUGUCUACAAGCUCCAUAAACUUUUGAGUGACUCCCGUUCAACUAUAAAGAGACUUUGAUUGCUGCGAAAGUCACACGGAAGAUGAAGCUUCUCAUUAUUUGUCAAAGAGAGAGAAGUUUUAAUAGAGUUGCCAGUUAAGUCUCACACAGAGUAAAAUACGGGAAAGGAGAUAUAGAGAGAGACACAAAACUUUGGUUUUAAGUGUCUUCUUGGGCUUUUUUGGGGUGGAAAAUGACUUUUUAAAUAGGAAAACUUUGUAUUUGUAUUUUGUCAAAAUGAUGGGGGGGUGUGGAAAUAUUUACAUUGGGCGUCAAUAUGCGGAUGGAAACAAUACCUUAAAAGCCAAUAUUAAAAAGAAAAAAUAAGAAAUUGCGGGAUAUUCUUUUAUAGAAGGUAAUAAUAACAAGAUGAAAAAAAGUAUAAAAAGCUUAAGAAUUUUGUGGUAAAAGAAAUUGGAAAUAAAAAGGGCAAAAAUAUGUCAAGUCAUGUCAAAUUAUUACAAUUUUUCCAUUUUCCCUACAAUAUCCUCUUUUACCAUUUCCAUCCAAUUCCACCGCUAUACGAAGAAAAUACGCGUAACUUUCUUUUUGGGAGGGGAAAGAGGGGUGAAGAAGUCGUUAAGAAUUGAAGUUAAUGGCAUAGGCGUGUGAGUUAGAUGGAACUUGAAUCAAAAGCAUAUAAUACACAUGAUAUGUUCCAUGGAAGAUAUGAAAAGAGAGAGAUGGAGAAAUUAUUAAGAAUGCGACAUUAUCAUAUUUGAAUAUUUAUCAGAAUGUGGUGGAAUUCCAUUGAUUCAAAUUCACUCGCGAAGCUUUAUUAUACAUAUAUAUUUUUUUUGUUGAAGAACGAAGAAUGGUAAAUAGAAUGACAAAAAAAUACUCAUUGAGAAAAACUCUUGAUAAAAAGGAAAAUCUUAUCAAAUAGACAUAAAAAAGUGCCACACAUAAUAUGAAGAAGAAAAGUUCAUUAUAUAUGGAGAAAAAAAAGCUACAAAAGCGGGGGUGGGAGCUUUAGAGCCACCACCAAAAAAAAAGAAGAAAAGGAAGAAUUGAGAAGACAGACAAUGAGAGCCCAAACUCACGGUUAAUUGAAGAAAAUUCGUCAAUGAAGGCAAAUAAUUGGAAUAUUUUUUUUUAUUAUUAUUCCGCAAGUGCUCAAUAUUGCUGAAAGGAAGAAAAAAUCAAAUUCAUCUCCUUUCGGACAUUUUUCAAGAAAGGAAGAAGAGAAAAAAAAAAGAUGAUUGGAGUCGCAAUUCACAAAGAUAACGCACUCAAUUUAAUUUAAUCUCACAGUGAGCCUCAUUCUUAUUCAAACACCUUUGGGGAUUCAUUUAAUGAAGCUGUUUGCGUGGGAAUUUAGACCUGGAAAAUGAGAAGAAAUGUACCUACAUACCGUUUUUUCUUCACUCUCUGUUUUUUCGAACAUUGAUGAGUCAAUUGCAAAAUAAGGAUAAUUGGAUUUAAAAUUAAAUGUUGGUGGAGACAAAUUAAAAAAUAUAUAUAUUCUCUUUCCUUUCGGAGCUUUCGCAGAAAAAAAGCUCAAGGAAACAAUUAGGAAUUCUCUUUUGAGCUUGUUUUAUUAGUUUAAUUAUCCGCCUAACGGUGAGAUUUUUGGGGAUUAAAAUAUGUUCUCAUAAAUUGCACGAAGGAUUAUUUGUCUUAAGGGUUGUUUAUGUUGAUGAGAAAUAUUUUUAAAUAUUCGGAUUUUAUGCAGAAAAAACAUUGAAAUCGUUUUUGCCGCCAAAUCUGUCCUCUUCCCCACAUUCCCUGUUUUCACCACUCAUAUUCACCACCAUGCUAUGAAUGCGCGCCAAAUUAAAAUUAUAUUACACAAAAUUCCGGCUCAACUAGAAAGGCGUUAAUUCGUCAAAAAAUCAUUGAUUUUUGUCAGAAAUUAUGAAAUUAUCGAUAUUUUUCAAUUCCUUUCGAUUUGAUAAUUUACAAACAAUCAACUUAAUUGAAACACAUCACAAAUAUUCACCAGAUGAAUGCCCAUUAAUUUGCGAAUUUUGUCAACUAUCGUUGCUUUCGCAUAGAAGCGCAUUAAAAUGGAGAACAUAAAUUCCGGGGGAGUUUAGUAUAUAAUAGCAUUUUGCAGAGUACUAUGUACAAAAUUUGUUGAAAAUAAUUACGCAUAAAUCAUUUAUUUAUGUGUAAUUAAGCAUACCCCCGGUACCAUUGAAUAGCGGGCGUUUAAUAUCAAAUCAACAUGAGAUAAUAAUGUAUUCACAAAUAAAAUCCAUCGAGCGCGAUUGUGGCGCGAAGAAAAUUCACAAGAUUUAAAUUUGAUGAAAAUCGGUGUGAUGAAGGAGCUUUGCGCACCAUGAGAAAAGCUCUCUCUCUGCAUUCAUCGGCGGUGCUCCUUCGUAAAGCAAAAAGCCCUUUGACUUUUCAGCAUUAAUUUCACUUCCUCAUUUAGAACGCUUUAAGGGAAGAGAGAGAGAGGGAAUGUGUGGGAAAUUCAACAUAAAGACGUUAUUCCAAAAGCAGAAACCACCAACUAAAUUUUACUCAAAUACAAAUGAUUUAUUUAAUCACAUAUAUAGCAUUACCAUGUACAUAAAUUGCAAAAGGAAAAUCAGAAAAGAAAAUUCUACUGAUUAUUUGCUGAGGAAUUGAAUAAGAUAAAUGUUUGAAUAAAAAUGAGAGGUUUGAUGUGCGUAUACAAAGAAAUUCCAUCGAACGUGAUUGCCAUUGGCAGAUGAGCGAGAGAGAGUAGAAAAAGAAAACAUUAAGGACGAUACAAGGAGAAAAGAAAUACAAAGCAAAGAAAUUAAAAAAAAUGUAUUUUAAGGAAUUUAAUUUAAGGAAUCAUUGACAACCGCAAAGAGAGAAAAGCUUACAAGUCGAAUAGUUCUUAGUUUAAUAAUAGAAUAAAAAAUGCAAAGAAAAAGUUCUAUUUUGUUAAAAGAGAAUGCAAUUCCAGAUUGAAUAUUUAGGUGAUGACUUUUUUAAUUGAAUUGGGACUUAAUUUAAAUUACAAAUUAAGUUCUGCAAAAUAUAUAGCCCAGUGUUGAAGGAUUUUGUGGACAAUUGUUAACGAGUUGUGGUUUCUAGAAAUAAAUGAGAAGUUCUAUUUUUACGUAGAAUUGGGGGAAAAUUUACAGUUCUGCUGUUGAAAAGUUACGAAUAAUUAAAUUAGGAACAUGAAAAUUCGAAAAGAAUCUUUUGACGUUAUUUUAAAUAAUAUUUCGUAUUUUUUGUGAUUUUCUGGAGAAAUAUUUAUGAUAUAGGAAAGAAACGCGUCCAAGAAAAGCUUAAAUUCUUGAUUUAAAAAAAUCAAUACAAUCCUAGAUCUGAUAUUCAAAGGUAUUCAAAUUAGAAAAGUAUUAACGGCUUUAAAUUGUUGUGUGCUGAAUUUCCUCGGAAAAGCGUCCAGGGGCUGUAUUCUCUAAGAGUGAAAAACUCUCGUGAUAAACUCCCGAAGGCUUUUUGCAGGAAAACAGUGAGGAAAAACUUCACGUGAGCAUGAUCCUCUAAGAAAAAUAAUGCAUCCUUGAUAAACUAUCGUAAGAUUUUCCCGGUUUUCACGUUUCUUUUAAAGCGCUAAAGCCUUCAGGAGUUUAUCACGGGAGUUUUUCACUCUUAGAGAAUUCAUGCCCAGGAAGAAAAAAAAGCAACGUUUUUUGCAAUCAGCGAUUUUUCGAAUAAUUUUUAUUCGAAACGAGGAAAUUCACAACACUUGAAUAAAUUUUUAAAAAUAUCAAGGAAAGUUUUAAGUCUAGUGAAAGAUCACAAAUGAAGGACAAAUUAAUAUUUCGAUCCUUGAAAUUUCUUUAUUCAAGUCAAAUUUUAAGAUAACUGACAGUUCUAAUUUUAAAAAAAUUCUAUCGAUUUUAAAAUUUCUUUUAAGUUGGAAAUUUUAAGAUCUUUUUGGUCGUAAAAUAGAAUGAAUUUCGUAUUUAUUAGCCAAGACACAUUUUGUGCUAUAAAAAAUUCUCUUCUCAUUGAAUUUUCACUCAAAGCUGCUGCUCUAAAUCAUGAAUAUUCGUCCACAAAAGCUCUAAAUAUUUAAUCAGGAAAUGCAUUAAUAUUUUAUUUCUCUAUCAAUGUUUAAUCUCUAGUCGUUUUAAUGUGAAAGAAGAAAUGCAAAAAGGACACAGAAGGACACUCAACGUCCUGCUUAAAAAAAAACUAAUGAAAUACGUGUGUUCAGGAAUAACACAGGAGCAAGUGAAAAUAAUAAUAAAAAAUACAAAAAAUAAACAAUUUAAAAAAAAAUCAGGAGAAGGUAAAUUAUGUAUUUAGCAUUUAAGAGCAAACGUUAGUGUUAAAGAGAGAGGAAUUUGAAAAGGAAAAAAAAGAGCGAGUAAAUAUGCGAAAAUGGUGCUAACAUCAAUAACAACAUUUAAUCCUUAGGCACACACGGCAGGAAAGAACAAUCGCGCGUCCUCUCACUGAAAAAAAAAUCUUUUUUUUUAUCGUUGUGUCCCAAAUUCAGCACAACACACCACCACUUGGUUGCCCAAUUUGUAAUUCCUUGCUGUUUGUGUUUAUCUUAUGAAGGAAAAUCUGAGUGGGAGGGAGUGAGAUGGUGGAAAUUUGAAUAUGAAAUGCAAAUAAACUGCAGAAGAGCUUUUCCAUCGUGUUUCUGUUUUUUUUAUGCGCACUGCAAAUGAGUUAUAUAUUUAAUAUAUAUUUUUUCUGUCACAUUUAAUUUAAUGUUUGUUUUUGCUUUGAAAAGAAAGAAAAUUUAAAUAAAUAAAAAAGUAACUAUGGACGCGUUAAAGUUGUCAAGAACAUACAUUACACAUUAUAUAUUUAAUACUGUAACAGAUAAGAUUAAUGGACGGAAGAAAAAAAAGGGGCAAAAGGAUAAUAUAACAGAGGGAGACGAGAGUUAUGGAGUAAAAAAUGUUAGGAAGUAAUGAGAAUUUAUGAAAAUGUCUAAAAAGAUGUUGAAAUAAAGAUAAAAAAAAAUGUUGUAACAGAGAAUCAUAACAUGACAAAGAUGAAAGAAUAAAGACGAGAGAGAUUUUUAAAUAUUUUAUUUUUAAUACCUCUUCCACCCAUCUACCCACGCCGUGGGGAAAAGGAAACGAAACCGCGCGUUUUUUCCCACAUUUUAUAUGAUAAUUAUAUUCAAACAUCCGUCCUCUGCAGAGAAAAAAAAAGCAAAAAUAUGGUGAAUUUCGCUCUCAUCUUGCAGUUCAUGGAUAAGAGAGAGGUAAGAGUUUUGUUUGCAUGAUGACAAUGUUUAUUCUUAAAUAGUUAGUUAACCUCUUGAACAUAUUGUAGAAUCUUUUUAUGAGAUUUUGGAUUGAAUUUAGUAAAAAAUAUUCUAUUUCCUGUUGUUUUUAUCUCAAAAAAAAUUUUUAAAGAAUCUGAAAAUUAUCAAAUUAAGAAAAACUUUUUUUUUUAACAUAAUCAACUUGUCGUAGUUCAAAAAAACGAAUUUAUCAAAUUAAUUCAAUCAGCUACAGUACUCAUAAUCAUAUCAAAGUUCUAAAGAAAACUGCAAAAAAAACUUUUGGGGAAUUCAAACUGAUAAUCCUUAAUUUUUUUAAAACUUUUUUGACUCACACUUUUAGAUUAUUUUUUGAGUCAUUUAAUUCGUAUAAAAAGCAUUAGUUUAUGGAAAGAACAUUUAGUUUCUUACCAGUCGUCAGUGGAGAAACAUUAAAAUUCAGUGAAAAUUUUGUAAGUGGAAGAGUCGCAAAAAUGAAUCUUUGGAGGUGUUGUUUAUUCCUCCUUCUCGUUCUUACGGAAAAUACUUUGGCGCAGGAUAUAUUGUGUUACGAUUAUUACCCAGAUUAUGUGGUUGGAUUUAACAUUACCAACGCAAAAGGCCGAACAAAAUUAAGUAAAUCUUGUUCUAUGGAUUUGUCUGAAACAUCGUACAAACAUGAAAAUCAUACAGGAGAUGCCGAAAAAAUAUCCAAUCUAUACAUUGGUCAUGCACCGAAUGGAUAUAUUUCUCAAAAAUUACUUGAAAAAUUACCAGGACUGCAAUAUUUGUCCGUAUUUUAUUCGAACAUGGAGAACAGUGGAAAAUUGUCCCAUAAAAAUAUUAAAGGCAUAUCUUUUGGAUCCUCUACGAUGGAUCCAAUCAACAAGUAUACUUUUCGGAAUUUUCCAGCAUUAAAUCUAAUUACACUGUAUAAAAACAAAAAAAUCGUCGUGGAGAAGGGAGCUUUUUCCAAUCUAAAAAAAAUGAAAAAAAUUGAAAUAAGCUCUACGUCUGAGUUAAUUAUACAAGAAAAUGCUUUUAAAGAUCUAAAUGUUAAUAAAUUAGAUCUUAGCUACAAUCGUAUUGAAGAAUUGGAUUUGAAUGACUUUAAGACAAUUUCUGGCUUAGAGAGUUUCGUGUUAAGAAAAUGUGGCUUGAAAAAGUUACAUUCAGCAGAUAAUUUUUUGUCAACCAUCUCUUAUUUUAUUCUACGCGAAAAUCAAUUAGAAUCUUUGGACUUAACUGCAAUUGAAGUUCAUAUAUUAGAUGUAGCUGAAAAUAAAUUGAAAAAUCUCAUGAUAGGCAAAAAUUGUCAAGAUUUACAACUUUCCUUCAAUCAAAUAAGCAAUAUAUCACUCAAAAAUUCCUUUUCAACACUAAAAAUAAUUUUCAUGAAUGAUAAUCUCUUAGGGGAUAAUCUCCACGAAAUCUGUGAGUGUAUUAACGUGGAGUAUCUAAACUUAAGAAGGAAUAAAAUUAGUGAAAUCGGUUCUUGUUUCUCCAAUAUGAAAAACUUGAAGGAAGUUGAUCUUCAUGGAAAUGAUAUUUCUAUAAUUUACCCAGACAGUUUUCAUCCAGAAAACAAUAUUAUAUCUCUUGAUCUUUCAGGCAAUAAAUUAGAAUAUUUCCUCGAAGAUUCAAUGAAAAAUUUUCCAAAAAUGCAGCAUAUCAAUUUAAAUAAUAAUAAAAUUUUUGCCCUGUAUGACGAUCCAAAGCAUUUCAUGCCAGCUUUAAAAGAAAUUGAGUUACUUGGAAACAAUUUUGAAUGCUCUGAGCUCAAGAAAGUCUGGAAAAAAUUAAAGAGACAAGGAGUUGAAAUUUCUAGCCUAAGUGAAAUUCAAUGUAAAGAUCUUUCAACAGAUACUAAGAUUGCUAAUCUUCAUAAUAAAAUAUCUCUAUUUUUAGUUAAAAUGAACAAAAUACAAAACUCUUUCUCUACUAUAAAAGAAAAGCAGAACACACUUGAAAUUGAUAUAAGAUUAGUAAAAGAGUCCGUAAAAGAAAGUGUCGAAAAAUGUGAAAAUUUUCAAGUACAAGAUGAAAAUAAAACAAAUUCCAUUGAAAAUGAACUCAAAUCAUUAAAAGAGAAUGCCGAAAAAUAUGAAAAUUCUCAGAAAAACUACGAAAAUAAAAUAAAUUUUAUCGAAAAGGAAUUAAAAUCAGUAAAAGAAACUUCAGUAAAAUUUGAAAAUGCUCUAUUAGACAAAAACAAGAAAAUAACCUUAUUAGAGAGCUAUAUAAAUUCAGUAAAUGAAACUAUCGAGAAAAUUAAUUAUAAUUUCAUACAAAAGUCGAAUGACUUGGAAAAGCGAUUUUAGUAAAAGAUGAAAAAGACAAAAAUAAAACAAAUUCAAUUGAAGAGGAAUUAAAAUUAGGUAAUAAAAGAAAAUGUCACAAUAUUCGAAGAUACGCAAGAAAAACGGAAUGUAGGGACCCUAAUUCGUGCUCAUCCCAAGUUUGAGCCCGAUCUGACGACUUUGCAUUUUUGAGUGUACACAGAAGCUGUGCUUCUUUGAAGAAAGAAUCACAGCUAAAAAAUGUGAAAAUAAAAUCACUUGAGAGCUACAUAAAUUCAGUAAAUAAAACUAUCGCUGAGUUUGUAAAAGGUAUUGAUAAACGUAUUGGAGAAACUUAUUUCUGAUAAUCAAAAUCGAACCUUGUUUGGUAUAAUCCAUUGUCAAAGGAAUCCAAGGGUUAUUUAAAAAUGAAACAGUAGGAGAAAACAAAUCUUAAGUAUUUUAAAAUAAAUAAUAAUUUCAUCGAAAAAUCUGCAAAAUUUAUAUAAAUGUGGGGAGAUAAAAUAGACUUCUAAGGGUUUAUUCUCAGAGUUACUUUAUUCCUGUAUAAUUAAAAUGAUUUUUUCAGUUGAUCUUUUAUUUGUUUCAUGACACACUGGGAUUUCCAUCCCACAUAAAUAUUGCUGAAAAUACAACAACAUAGAGGAACAUGCGGUUAAAUGGUGAAUUUAUGGAGAUAAUUUUUCCUGAGUUCCGUGUAAAUAUUUGAGUUUUCCCAUGACGACUAUCUUAUAGGAAAUUUUUUUGGCUACAACUUUGUCUCAGACGAAUUCGGGUUCAAUAGCAUUUAUAUAAAACGCCCCGAUUUAUAUAAAGUUAUCUUUAGAAAGCGAUAUCUCCGGAACGGCUAGAGGAUAGCGGGGCUAAAAAAGUCAACGAAAAAUUUUCAAAUGCCAAUUUCUCCCAAGUUAUAAUUCGGACAGUUCGUAAGAAUCUGAAAUAACUAUGGUGAGAAGCCCUACCAACCUUUAAUAAUUGACUGUAAUUUGGAGAUUAUCAGAUUAGUAUUUUAGGAGUUAAAAAAAAAUUGGGCUUUUUUCCCAAACUUUUGGGUAAUGAGAAAAAAUCGUUUUCCGAUACUUUUCUUUUAUCGAUUUUCCAAUCUGAUAAUUUUUCUCACUAACUGGGGUAAUGUAGAAAACGACCUCCGCAGUAGCAUGGUGGUAUUGUCGAUGCACUCAUUUUUCGGUGUAUUUGGUCUACCUCCGGGGAAGUUGUGGGUACAAGACCUGACGCUACCCAUCAUAUUUUCUAACUUUUUGCGUAAAAUAUCGGGAUUGUGAAAAUUGCAAAAUUCUCUGUUUUAGUGGUUAUAAAAGUGAAAUUCCUUGUAGCGGAUUAACAGGUGAGAAGCUGAGCUAUCAAAUACAAUCAAUCAGAUGGAAAAUCUUUGCAAGUGACGGAAAAUUCCGCCAAUUUAAUUCACUCCACCGAUGACUAAAUUUGUAAAGAAAAUCAAAGUGAAAGAAUUCAGAAAAACUUUAAAAAAAAGAAACUCAUAUUUCUUUGACAAAACUGUAAGGCAGAAAAUUUCCUAUAAGAAUGAGCUAUCCAGAAAAAUUUUAUGCCUCUGGGGAGUCCUGCAGAUAAAGACUUAUGCAAAUUGACUAUUUUUGCCCCGGUCUCCCCUACAUAUUUUUUUCUUUUUUUUUCUUUGAAAGAUAAUGAAGUCAUCUAUAAUACUGGUUGUUCAAA